AUGCCACAAUUCUUGCUUAUUCUGAAUUCCCUCGCCUCAUUUUCAUCCGCAGCAGCCGCAAUACUUUCAACUGCAAAGCCUGAGUCUCUGUCUGGCUCAUCUCACGUUACCAAUGGCGAGCACUUCUAUCAGCGCAUGUACGCAGUGCGCGCUGUCCCAUUGGAAGUACUUACUGCAAUUCUCCCAUUCUAUCUUGAUGGCCCGGCAGUAGCUUCAGUCAUCGGUGCCGCUGCGUUUGUUCAAGCAGCGGAUGUGGUGAUUGGUAUUGGUAGAAAGGAUGCAGGGAUGAUUUUCGGUGCUUCGUUUGCUACUGCGGUUCAUGUUUUGUGUUUCUUUUCUAUCUCCUGA